UCUUCCAGAUUUCAUGAUUUCAUAACUUCAUGACUACAUGACUCUCCAGUGACCACAUUUUCCAGACUGAAUUUGGGCCAUAUUUUUGCCAAGUAAAACCCUGAUAGCUCCCUUUUCAACCUGGAGCUGCAGAAUGGCUCCCAAAAAGAAGAGUGGUGAGAAAAAGAAGGUCUGUUCAACCACCAAUGAGCUAGCAAAGAGAGAAUACACAGUCAGCAUUCACAAGCAGAUCCAUGGAGUGGCUUUCAGAAAGCAUGCUCCUCAGACACUCAAAGAGAUGCGGAAAUUUGCCAUGGAGGAGAUGGAAACUCCAGAUGUGUGCAUGGCCACCAGGCCCAACAAAGCUGUCCGGGCCAAAGGAAGAAGGGAUGUCUCAUACGAUAUCUGUGUGAGGGUUUUCAGAAAACGUAAUGAGGAAAAAGAUUCACCAAACAAGCUUUAUAUGUUGGUCACCUACACAUAUGUCACCACUUUUUUUAAAAAAAAUCUACAAAUAGAUAAUUGA